CUCAACUUCAUCUCCUUUCUUGAUUUUCCGGCCGUUUAGAAGACAUGGCAGCUGCUUCCCAAGCUUUUCUCUUGCUCGCCGCAGUUUUCACGUCCAUGGCGGCCGUUGCCAUGUCUAGCCGGCCCAACUUCGGUAACUGGGGCAACUGGAAACCCCCCGGCGCCGGCGGCUUUAACAAAACCAACUGCCCCUUCACUCACCCCAACACCACCCACACUUCCAACGAAAUCACCGUCGGCGGCCCUGCGCACUGGCAGUUCGGCGUUAACUACAUCGACUGGGUCGCCAAGAACGGCCCCUUCUUUGUUAACGACACUCUCGUGUUCAAGUUCGAUCCUCCGAAUGCGACCACCCACGCACACAGCGUUGUCCUGCUGCCAAACUUGCGGGCGUGGAUGAAGUGCGACGUGAGCAAAGGGAAGAAGCUCGCCACGCCGACUCAAGGCGGCGGUGAAGGGUUCAAGUACGUGUUGAAGAAAUGGCAGCCGUACUACUUCGCCUGCGGAGAGAAAGAGGGCUUCCACUGCAACAAUGGCACCAUGAAGUUUGCUGUCAUGCCUAUGAUGGGCCGUUUCCAUUAGAUCGACGGCGACCGGUGAUCCGUUACUCUUAACUUACAUCGUCGGAGCAAAAAAAUACUGAAUUUGGGUGCUUUAGCUUUUUUUUUUUUUCUCUGUGUUUAAUGAAGACAUAGCUAGUGAGAUGAAACGGUUGUUGUAAUAAUGAGAGAUUUGUCUUUCACUGUACUGUGGAGAGGAAUUCAUUUGCAUUUGAAAUUAAAGGAAACUUUUGUUGAUGUUUUGUACCAAAA